CUCUCUCUCACUUUCUGUCUAUCUCUACCACACACACAGUCUCUACCACACACACACAGACACACUCUCUCACACACCCAGUCUAUAUCUCUGUCACAUACAGUCUCUUUCUCAGAGAAACAAACACAUGAUUUCUUCCCCCGAGGCAGUAUGAGGCAACAGCAGCUGUCAGAGACACCGGCAAAGUUACCAGGAGAGACCCACGGAAUCUGUGUCAGAUAGGCGGCAUUGCUUUCAGUCCCUCCCAGGAUGCAGUGAGAGAGAGGCAGUCAUGUGAUUUGGCUUAUGAAGUGUUGCCGCUGACUGGAGAAAGCAGGAGCUGGAGCAUAAACAGCAGCAGGUACAGGAGCACUGACAGAGCUACAGGGGACUUACACUGUGAAGCACAGACAGGCACUGGUCAUGGCAUUUACUGGGAAGAGGUUGAAAGGCUUAAUAGCUGCCACUUUUACCCCAAUGACACCAAACAGUGACAUCAACCUGCUGGUUAUUGAGCAAUAUGUAGACUAUUUAGUUCAGAAGCAGCAUAUAAGAAAUAUAUUUGUGAAUGGCACGACAGGAGAAGGAAUGUCCUUAAGUAUCUGUGAGAGGAAGCGUCUGACUGAAGAGUGGGUGAAGCAUGCAAGAGGCAAAAUGGACAAUGUGAUUGUACACGUAGGAUGUCUCGGCUUGAGUGACUCAAAAGAUCUAGCUGCCCAUGCUGCUUCCUGUGGAGCUGAUGCAAUCAGUGCUGUGUGCCCUUCAUUUCUCAAACCUGCCAAUUUAGAUGCAUUAGUUUUGUACCUGAAGGAUGUUGCCUCUGCUGCCCCAAGUCUGCCAUUUUAUUACUAUCACAUUCCCAAGAUAACUGGAAUAACAUACCAGAUAUAUGAGCUUCUUGGGAAGGUAAAAGAAAAUAUCCCAUCAUUUCGUGGAGUGAAAUUUAGUGAUGUUAACCUUAUGGACUUUAGCCUCUGUGUUAGUGAAUAUAAAGAAUUCGACUGUCUUUAUGGUGUGGACGAGCAACUACUGGGAGCUCUGGCUUUUGGAGCACAUGGUGCUGUUGGCAGCACAUAUAACUAUCUUGGCAACAAAAAUGGUGACAUGUUGGAAGCAUUUGAGGCUGGAAAUUUGCAGAAAGCACGUAAGAUUCAGUGCUCUCUUCAGGAAUUCCUCUACUUUGUGUUUGACAUGGGAUGGGGCUUAGCUGAAUUUAAAGACAUCAUGUCACAAGUAUCAGGAAUCCCACUGGGACCUUCUCGCCUGCCACUGUAUUCUUCCAUGAAAUCUAAUCAUCAUGAUGACAUCAAGACCAAAAUGUUAAAGCUGGAUCUCAUCUGAGAAAUGAAAUAGAACUUCAGUUUUAAAAGUUUAAGGCUAGGGCCAGAUAAUGCAUAUGAUUGUGAAUUCUCCACAGGUGGAGAAUCUGGUGUCCUGCUGCUCCCCUUGUCUUCUGAACUGUGGGGAGGAUUUUGCUAAAAUUCAUUGCGUCUGGCUGCACCCGGAAGCAUUGUCUCGACUUAGGUGUAGGCAGACAUGGUGGAUUUUGGCAAAAAAGCAGGAGUGAAGAAGCAGCGGGGGAGCCUGUGGAAAAAUGCAGGCUGAGAUCCGCAGUUGUCUGGCCUUUGCUCAAGAAACAUUGCCAGUUUACAGAAUGGAACAAAAUAGAUCUUAAUGUAGGUUUAUAGUUAUAUACAACUCUGGAUGAAAAAUGAAUAAAAAUCUGGUCUGUUGCAUUACUAAUUCAAGAUGAAAUACACUCAAAAGGAAAACUGCAAAUUCGUAGGAUUCAGAAUAGUUUCAGUAUCUGGAAAGCUAAAAUAAAUAACUAACUGCUUUUGUUACAUGUAAUCAUUAUAAUAAUAAAAAAAUGUAAAUAAAAUAAAUUCUCUCUAAAA